ACCAAGUGUCGAUUUGUUAUCAUUUUCUCUAUGAAUUUAAGAUACACAACGAGCCUACAACUAUCAAUUGCACAAUGAAUGCAGCUUCUUUACACAUAGCAAUGUAUCCAUGGUUUGCUAUGGGGCACCUAACCCCAUUUCUCCACCUUGCCAACAAGUUAGCCAAAAGGGGACACAAGAUCUCAUUCUUCAUACCCAAAAGAACACAAGCCAAGCUAGAAAACCUCAACCUUCACCCAAGUCUCAUCACCAUUGUCCCUAUCAGUGUUCCUCACGUUGAUGGUCUUCCCUUUGCUGCAGAAACUACUUCAGAUGUUCCCUCUUCUUUGUUCCCACUUCUUGCCUCUGCCAUGGAUCUCACAGAGAAGGAUAUUGAACUUCUACUCCUUGAACUAAAACCACACAUUGUUUUGUUUGACUUCGUCACAUAUUGGCUACCAAACUUGACUCGUAGGAUAGGGAUCAAGUCUCUUCAGUACUGGAUUAUUAGUCCUGCAACAAUAGGGUACAUGGCAUCCCCAGCUAGAGAAAGAGAAGGUGACAUGAGAAAACCACCUUCAGGGUUUCCUUGUUCUAUCAAGCUGCAAGAACAUGAAGUUAAGUUCUUUGCUGCAGCAAGGAAAUUGGAGUUUGGAAAUGGUGUUCUUCUCUACGAUCGUAUCUCUGCCGGUGCAGACUUGUCAGAUUGUAUUGGAUUCAAAGGUUGCAGGGAAAUUGAAGGGCCUUAUGUGGAUUAUCUAGAGACGCAGUUCGGUAAGCCUGUUUUGCUUUCAGGUCCUCUUGUGCCUGAGCCAUCCAACUCUACUUUGGAAGCAAAAUGGGGUGAAUGGCUCGGUAGAUUCAAGGCUGGUUCAGUGAUUUACUGUGCCAUUGGAAGUGAAAACUCCUUACAGAAAAACCAAUUGCAAGAGUUGGUUUUGGGUCUUGAGCUAACAGGAAUGCCAUUCCUUGCAGCACUUAAGGCCCCUCCUGAAUUUGAGUCCCUUGAGGAUGCUCUCCAAAAAGGGUUCAAAGAAAGGGUUCGAGAAAGAGGGAUAGUAUAUGGGGGGUGGGUGCAGCAACAACUAAUCUUGGCACACCCUUCUGUUGGGUGCUUCAUAACACACUGUGGUGCUGCUUCUCUUACUGAGGCACUUGUGAACCAGUGUCAGCUUGUGUUGUUGCCUCGCCUUGGAUCUGAUUUCAUCAUCAACGCAAGAACCAUGGGUGGAAAAUUGAGGGUUGGAGUGGAAGUGGAGAAAAGGGAAGAAGAUGGUUUGUUCACCAAGGAAAGUGUGUGCAAAGCUGUGAAAAUUGUGAUGGAUGAUGAGAAUGAGUUUGGAAGAGAAGUCAGAGAGAAUCACAACAAAGUGAGGAACCUUUUACUAAGUAACAAUUUUGAGUCAUCUUGUGUUGAUGCUUUCUGUCACAAGCUUCAGGAUAUAGUCUUCAGCAUUUCAGAUUGAUUCACUAAUUGAGUUCUAUAUUAUUCGUACUGAAACAGUAGGGUUUUAGUUCAAUAAGAAUUAAAAUAAAGUCAUUUUAAUUAUUUAAUGUUUUUUAACUAUAAG